AUGAAUGCCCUGGAUUGUGUCCCCUUCAAGGUAUCCAAGGGCCUUGGGAUAGACACACAGCCCCUCCCUGGGCCAGAGCUCAGCAUACCAGCCUGCACAGAGCUGCUUCUGGGUUCAAUGCACGACUUCAGUUUAGAGAGGAAGGUGAUCUUCUGAGUAGAGGCUGCCUUCCAGGGACCCUGUGCGGGCCCAUGCAGUGACCCGGGAACGGCGUCAGCUCCACCGGCCUGGCUCUUGCUGGUCAGCCCCGACUACAGGUCAGUGCCUGUGCCUGCCGCAGCCCAAGGCCCAGACACCGGACCCCAGGAACAGUCCGAGAAGGAGGCGAAGGAAGAGGAUGAAGAAGAAACCUCUUCUACCGGCGAGGAAGAGCCGGGCCCCUGCAUCCCGCAGUCGGACUCCCAGGCGAGCCUGGCAAGCCCCGAGCCGGGCCAGCGCCUGUGCUCGCUGGACUUGCUGAGCCGCAUGAGGUCAAAGCUGGCUGUGGCGCAGCGGCAGCUCUCGGAGGGAAGGCUGGCUGCCGGCCCCCGCGCUCUCCUGUCCCACGUACGUGCCCGCCACGCGCAGAGCCUCUGCCGGGGCCUCGGCGCCCCCGCACCGCCUCUGAGACCCUCCACGGCCGGCGCCAGAACCCCGCAAAGGAACCACAAGCCCCGGAUUGCUUCCCUCCACCCGAAAACCUGCCUGCCACUCCUUGGAGGUGUGGCCCUGACUUUCAACCAGAACCAAUCAUACCUUGAUUCUACAGCUGACCUGCUGUCUGCCCUGAGCCAGGAGGAGCAAGACCUCAUUGAACCUGUGGUUGCCCUGGGGUAUCCCAUGCAUAGGGCUAUCCUGGCUCUGCAGAAGACAGGGAGACAGAACCUAAGCCAGUUUCUCAGUUAUCUCAGCGCCCGUGACCGGCUGCUGCGGCUGGGCUAUGAGGAGGGCCUGGUAGAGGAGGCCAUGGAGAUGUUCCAGUUCUCUGAGAGCCAGGCAGAGGAGUUCCUGAGGCUGUGGGAGCAGUUCAGUGACAUGGGUUUCCAGCAGGACAGGAUCAAAGAGGUGCUGCUUAUUCACAGCAAUCACCAAGAGCAAGCCCUGGAGGAGCUGGUGACCUGUGCCCAGUGA